AUGUCAGACGACGAUGAUUUCAUGCACGACUCCGCUGAUGAAGAGUAUGACUUUGAAUAUGAAGAUGCAGACGACGACGAGACAGGAGAUAUCGGAAUCGAAAAUAAAUACUACAAUGCAAAACAGAUCAAGGUCGACAAUCCAGAGGAAGCGAUUGACGAAUUCCUAGGGGUACCUGCUCUGGAACAGGACAAGGGGGAUUGGGGCUUCAAAGGGCUGAAACAGGCAAUCAAGCUGGAGUUUAAACUCGGGAGAUACAGCGAUGCCGUUGAACACUACAGGGAACUCUUAACAUACGUCAAAUCCGCGGUCACCCGAAACUACUCCGAAAAAUCGAUUAACAACAUGCUUGACUAUAUCGAGAAGGGAUCGGAUGACGAGAAGGCGUACCAGUGCAUGGAAGAGUUCUAUUCUCUAACGCUCAACUCCUUCCAGAACACGAAUAAUGAGCGACUGUGGCUUAAGACAAAUAUAAAACUGGCCCGUCUGUGGUUGGAACGAAGAGAGUAUGGCCAGUUGAGCAAAAAGGUGCGGGAGUUGCACCGGGCUUGUCAGAGGGAGGAUGGAUCGGACGAUCCCAGCAAGGGCACAUAUCUACUGGAGCUAUACGCGCUAGAGAUUCAGAUGUACGCCGAGACAAAGAACAACAAGCGACUAAAGGCGCUUUACCAGCGUGCCCUCCGCGUGAGGUCGGCGGUUCCACAUCCCAAGAUCAUGGGGAUCAUCCGAGAAUGUGGAGGCAAGAUGCACAUGAGCGAGGAGAACUGGGAGGAGGCGCAAAGCGAUUUCUUCGAGUCGUUCCGAAACUACGACGAAGCGGGCUCGAUGCAGCGCAUUCAGGUACUCAAGUAUCUGGUGCUGACCACCAUGCUGAUGAAAUCGGACAUCAAUCCCUUCCACUCGCAGGAGACGAAACCGUACAAGACUGACCCUCGCAUCUCUGCAAUGACGGAUUUGGUUGACGCCUUCCAGAGAGAUGACAUUCAUGCAUACGAGGAGGUUUUAAGCAAGAACCCAGACGUGCUGGCCGACCCCUUCAUCGCGGAGAACAUCGACGAGGUUAGCCGGAAUAUGAGGACCAAGGCCAUCCUUAAAUUGAUCGCACCCUACACGCGGUUCACGCUCAGCUUUAUUUCAAAACACAUCAAGAUCUCGGUAACGGAAGCACAAGAUAUCCUGAGCUUCCUGAUCUUAGACAAGAAACUCAACGCCAAGAUUGACCAGGAAAGUGGGACGGUUGUAGUCGAAAGCGCAAGCGAUGUGGAACGACUCCGGUCCGUGGAGGAGUGGAACGAAUCUCUCCGGACGCUCUGGCAAGUGACUUUGAAGGACGGCGACGGAUUCAAAAACGAUGAUGUCUCGCAGCCGACCGGGAUAGGCAUGCGAGGACCCUUGCUCUACCAAUCAGGCCUUGACGACGACACCGCGGGUCUACUACGUUCUAGCGGCCACCGAUUCCGGAGAGGGGGGAAGGGCAGCAAAGCAGGAGGAGGGCUUGGGAUGAAGACGGGCCUGUUCUAA